UUGUUAUUAAUUUUUCACAAAGGUCUUAACCUACAUAAUUUCCUAUUUGUUAAAAGUUUCUGGUUCGAUCCGGGAACCGACUCACAAAUGGGUCUCUGUCCAAGGCUCAGUGAUUCCACCGAAUAGCAAAUAGCAAUAUCCUAUCCGGUGCAAGAUAGUGAACAUACCACCAGUAUGUUAACUUGCGCACAUCCAAAUUUCAACUGAACAAAACCCAAUUCUGGAAACACCCCAUUUGGGCAUGGCUUCUCCUUCUCCAGUCUCUGCUGUGUGCGUCCAAGGCUCUCCUGGUGCUCGUAAAGGUUCUACUGAUUAACUGUUAUCUGAAACCACUUUUAUCGUUUUGCUUUCGCGGGAAGGACUUCAAUGCGGUUUCGUUUCCAUAUCUAGGGUUUUAGUUUCGUGUUGCUGCCUCCUUAUUCAAUCCUGCGUUGAUGAAUCACCGACAUUUAAACUGUAUUUGGUUAUGAUUCUGUAUCCUGUUCGGCUAUGAAGAAUGUGGAAAUAGCCCAAUGGCUCAACGGGCUACCACUGGCGCCCGAAUUUCGCCCCACAGAUACUGAAUUUUCUGACCCGAUUGCCUAUAUUUCUAAAAUCGAGAAAGAAGCUAGCUCUUUCGGUAUAUGUAAAGUGAUUCCUCCGUUUUCUAAGCCUUCUAAGAAAUAUGUGCUCCAUAACUUGAAUAAGUCGCUCACAAAGUGUCCAGAGUUGGGUUUAGAUGUAAAGGUUUGUUCUGAUAAAGGGAAUGAACAAUUUGGGGAGUCUAGGGCAGUGUUUACUACCAGAUGUCAGGAAUUGGGCCAGAGUGAGAAGAAGAAGACGAAUAUGAAGAUGAAGGGGAUGUCAGGGAGUCUGUCAUUUGAAGCUCAGAAAAAGGUUUGGCAAAGUGGAGAAGUUUAUACACUGGAACAGUUUGAAGCAAAAUCAAAGUCUUUUGCUAGAAAACAAUUAGGCACAGUUAAAGAUGUUUCACCAUUAGUUGUUGAGACAAUGUUUUGGAAGGCAGUUUCUCAGAAGUCAGUUUAUGUGGAGUAUGCUAAUGACGUGCCAGGUUCAGGUUUUGGCGAGCCUGAAGGAGUUUCCAAUAUUUACAGGAAAAAGAGGAGGAGGAAGAAGAGGGAAGUGUUUGAUCGAAGCCACAAAAAAACUUGUGAUAACAAGAAAGAAGGUCUUCUUGGUAGUAAUAGUAUCGAUAAACAGUCAUUUUGUGUUAGUCCUGAUAUAUGUAAAGUCUCACCGUCUGAUUGUUCAGCAUCUUCUCAACCAAAUGGUUUAUGUGAUAGUAAUGAUGUGGAGGGUAGUGCUGGAUGGAAACUAUCAAACAGUCCAUGGAAUUUACAAGUCAUAGCUAGGUCACCUGGAUCACUAACCCGCUACAUGCCGGAUGAUAUUCCUGGUGUUACGUCUCCUAUGGUCUACAUUGGUAUGUUGUUCAGCUGGUUUGCAUGGCAUGUGGAAGAUCACGAGCUUCACAGCUUGAAUUUCCUUCACACGGGAUCCCCAAAAACUUGGUAUGCAGUGGCGGGUGACUAUGCAUCAAAGUUUGAAGAAGUUGUGCGAGUGCAGGCUUAUGGAGACAGUACUGAUCCAUUAGCUGCUCUUACUCUAUUGGGUGAGAAGACUACUCUUCUAUCACCUGAAGUAAUUGUUUCAUCAGGCAUACCCUGUUGCAGGUUAGUGCAGUACCCUGGCGAGUUUGUGGUCACUUUUCCAAGGGCAUACCAUGUAGGGUUCAGUCAUGGUUUCAAUUGUGGGGAGGCUGCUAACUUUGGAACUCCUCAGUGGCUCACAGUAGCUAAAGAUGCUGCAGUUCGUCGAGCAGCCAUGAAUUAUCUUCCCAUGCUUUCUCAUCAGCAGUUGCUAUACCUGUUGACCAUGUCUUUUGUUUCAAGGUUCUUUUUAGCCUUUGAUUGUUGAGUGUUCUUCAAACAUUGGACAACAGAGUGCCAAAGUCAUUGCUUCCUGGGGUGCGAAGCUCUCGCUUGAGAGAUCGUCAGAAGGAAGAAAGAGAGACUUUGGUGAAGAAAGCAUUUGUGGGAGAUGUCCUAAAGGAGAAUGAGUUAGUAACCAUUUUACUACAGAAGCAUUCCUCUUACCAAGCAGUGUUGUGGGAUGUGGAUAUGUUGCCAUCUGCAAGUGAACGAUGUGAAUUGCAAAAGUGUGUUGGUACUGAUUUAACAAAGAAGUGUAGUGAUCAAAAUGAUGACAAGUACAACAGCCGGGAUAUUUUAAACAAAAUGAACUCAUAUUUGGAAAAUUUGAGUGAUUUAUGUGCGGAAGAUGAGGAUUUAUCAAAUGAAUUUCAAGUUGAUACUGGAGCAUUGCCUUGUAUAGCUUGUGGGAUACUGGGUUUUCCUUUUAUGGCUGUUGUACAGCCAUCAGAGAAAUCAAUAAAGAACUUCUACAACCAUCAUACAAUACAAUGCAUGGGAGAGCUGAAAUCUUUUGAAUCACGUUCCCAUCCGCAACGGGAUAGCAUAGUAUUUGGCGAUGUUGCAGGAGACAGGUCAAUGCCACCUGAAAGGCUUCUCCUUCACCUUAAAGAAGUGUCUUGUGCUGAAUCAGGACAAUCUACUGCUCCUCAAAUGAAGGGUCAAUUCCCAUUAGCUGGCCCUCUAUCUGCAAGUAAUCCAUCUGUCGACCUUGAAGACAAAUGGGAUACAUAUAAUACAUUUUUAAGGCCACAAAUACUUUGCAUUGAACAUGCAAUUCAAACUGAAGAGUUGUUGCAUAGAAGGGGUGGGGCAAAAGUUCUUGUUAUCUGCCAUUCAGACUUUCAGAAAAUAAGGGCUUAUGCUACAUUUAUCGCAGAGGAAACAGACACCACGUUUGUCUAUAAUGAGAUUGUCUUAGACAAUGCAUCUAAGGAACAUCUUCAGUUGAUAGAUCUUGCAAUUGAAGAUGGAUACAGAGAAUGUGCUGAAGACUGGACAUCAACACUACACAUCAAUUUACUGCAUUCUAUGAAGAAGUUGAGUAAAAACAGCUGUCAAACAGCUAAGAAGUUAGAGUAUGCGCUGAUUUUAAGUAGGCUAUUCCCCGACACAACAACCUCCAGUAUGAAGUGUUUGGGUUAUGAAUGGGAAUCCAGAAAAGUACGCUCUAAGAGAAGGACAAAUCCCAAACCAGCAAAUAAACUAUGUGUGCCUUCCAAAUUUGAGGAGAAAUGUUUGGAAUCAAAAUUAGACAACACUCGAGCAUCCAGAGAAGAAACAAUAGCCGUCCAGUAUUCAAGGAAAAGAUUCAAGUUAAAACCACGUGCUUCUUUAGAAAGUGAUAUUUCCACUCAUGAGAUCUCCAGUGCUAAUGAAAAACUGGAGAAUCUCAUUCCUCAGAUGCUGGCAAUGGAGGACCGAAGCAGAAAUUCACACAUAAAUGAUUCACCCGAUGUUACCAGUUUUGUGAAAAGCCCAUGUGAAGGCCUAAGGCCAAGGGCAUCCAAGAAAGAGACAUCAGUGUGUACAAGUGAUAAUAAUACUAAGAACAAUUUCCAGGACCAAAGGAAUGGAGGACCCUCACACAGGUGUGACAUUGAAGGGUGCAAAAUGAGUUUCAAAACAAAGAGAGAGGUGUCCCUUCACAAACGUAACCGGUGUCCAGUCAAUGGUUGCGGAAAGAAGUUUAACUGUCACAGAUAUGCCGUACGUCAUCAACGCGUCCAUGAAGAAGAUAGACCCUUGAAAUGUUCAUGGGAAGGUUGCAGCAUGUCUUUUAAGUGGAGUUGGGCAAGGACUGAACAUUUGCGUGUUCACACAGGGGAACGACCUUACAAAUGCAAGUUUGAAGGAUGUGGCCUCUCUUUCAGGUUUGUGUCAGAUUUUAGCAGGCAUAGGCGUAAAACGGGACAUCAUAGCAGCUGAUUGAUCCACUACGUCAAAAGAAUGGUUUUGUCUCGACAGGUUGGUUUGCUAUAAGUUUGCUACCCUUCAUUUCCUAAAAAACUCCCAGCAGAAAGGGAGGGUUGCCUUACUGUGAAACCUCUGUAGGUUUUGAUAUGUACCAGACUGAUUAAAGUUUGAUUUCUUUAGGAUGGUUCAUCUUUGUAAGAAGAUUGAUCGAAUUCCUACUUAGGGUAGUAUUGUCAUCUGUUGUGACGUGAAAAGAUAAUAGCUCAGUGGAAGUAGAUGAUGUAAUAUUAGCAGAUCAGUUUGUCCAUUUUAGUGUGUUUAAAAGAGUAGAUUAGUUAUCAGUAAAUGGGCAAGAUAGCCUAUUUUUUCUUACAUUA